UCUCAACGACGUCGUUUUAGGGGAAGCUAAAGGAAUGUCCAACCCCAGUCUAAACGGCCGAAGGUUUUCGCAGUACAAAUACAAAUUAAUCAAUUACUUUCCCAAACGCCAUUUAUUUCUCUCUCUCUCUCUCUCUCUAAAACGAAAUGGAGAAUCUAUGGCGAGCUGCUACGGGUCAGGACCCCAAUCCGGAUGACUACAGAGGCGUUGAGUUCUGGACCGACCCCGAACGAGCCGGUUGGCUAACCAAGCAAGGGGAUUACAUCAAGACCUGGCGCCGCCGCUGGUUUGUGCUGAAGCAAGGCAAGCUGUUAUGGUUCAAGAACCCCGUUUCCGUCACCCGCGGCUCCAUUCCACGUGGCGUGGUAUCGGUGGGCGGUUGUCUCACAGUCAAAGGAGCUGAGGAUGUCGUGAACAAGGCCUUCGCUUUCGAGCUCUCCACUCGAGAUUCCACCAUGUAUUUUGUCGCGGAUACGGAGAAAGAGAAAGAGGAUUGGAUCAAUUCGAUCGGGCGGUCCAUCGUCCAACACUCGCGGUCCGUUACUGAUUCCGAGGUCGUCGAUUACGAUAGCAAGAGCCGGUGAUCUUUGCUGAAUUUUCUUUUCAUUCUAAUUUUUCCCUUUUUUUUUGUGUUAUAUAAAUUUAGCUUUUGUAUAAAUAAAAAUCUAAUAGUAGCUUUUGCUUGAAUCU